CCUCCUCUCUCUCUCCGAUCCUCAGGAAUGCAAUGAUCAGAUCUCCGGUGGAAGAGAUCGGGGAGAUCCGGGGCUGUACUGCGGGGAGAUGUGCGGGGCUGGACCGGGAAGGAGGAGGAGGAGCUGAACGGAGGACGGAGGACAGAUCCGAUGUGUGAUAUCUGGUGACCGGCGGAGAUGGCAGGAAGACCCCGGAGUUGUCCCCAUUAGGAAUUCCUCCGUGAAACAAGCACCGACUCCAGCUUCUGGAUAUUAGGCUGUGCCGGAUUAAGCUCUAUUUGGAGAUUGCACAAUACUCCUUUUUUCUUUGGAUAAUCUUGUUUGUUUUAACUUUGUUUAACCUUUGACGUUGACCUUGUUGGCAGAGCAUCAUGGCAUCCAGUUUGACAUGCACGGGGGUGAUCUGGGCACUCCUGUCUUUCCUGUGUGCCGGGGCUUCUUGCGUUGGCUUUUUUAUGCCUUAUUGGCUCUUGGGCUCUCUGUUGGAUAAGCCGGUGUCGUUUGGUACUUUCCGAAGAUGUUCUUACCCUGUUCGCGAUGAAAGCCGCCAGACCACGGUGAUGGUAGAACAGUGUGGCCGCUAUGCCUCUUUCCAGGCCAUACCGAGCCUCGAGUGGCGGAUCUGCACGGUGGUUACUGGACUUGGAUGUGGUCUUCUUCUUCUGGUGGCAUUGACCGCCAUCAUGGGAUGUUGUGUCUCGGAGCUUAUCUCCAGGACUGUUGGGAGAGUGGCUGGUGGAAUACAGUUUCUUGGAGGGCUGCUGAUUGGAUCUGGUUGUGCUCUCUAUCCUCUGGGCUGGAGCAGUGAGGAAAUUCGGCAAACGUGUGGAAACCUCUCAGCACAGUUUGAAUUGGGUACCUGCAAAAUUGGAUGGGCCUACUAUUGUACUGGUGGAGGAGCUGCAGCUGCAAUGUUAAUCUGCACAUGGCUGUCAUGUUUCUCUGGGAAGAAGCAAAAGCAAUAUCCAUAUUAACCACGUACGGGGUCCACCAUUAUAGAAGUAUCUUGGAGGAAUAUGAUUCUAUUCUUUGAACUGAGCGGUGGAACUUACCAACCGAACAGCUGCCAUCAGGAACGUUGAGCCUUUUACAACUUUGCAACCAAGAUCUCUACUUUACAAAUUGUCUCCAGUGGAAAAGAUGCAGUGUUUGGUCUCCACUGCAGGUAGAACUGGUCCUGAGUCUGACCAUCUACUGCAGAAAUCCUGCCAUGCUAUUCAGAGGACACAAAUAUUUGUCUCUUUUUGGAGCAAGCUAACUCCUUUCACUAACCCAUAAAGACAGAUUGUCCAUUAGUGUCUAACCUUCAGGUUUUUAACAUGGAAAGCAGAGGGUGGCAUACAUUGUGAACCCUUAUCUGACAUCAUCUCUGGCAAGAUAGACCAGUUGGUAGAAAUAUUGCUGUAGAUAUAAUGUACAUACAGUCCUAUAUGUAUCUGUGGCAGAACUUCCUUUAAUAACCAGUCUGUCUCGGCAUAGUUGAAUUCAGAUUUUGGAUUUAAUAUUCAAAACCCCCCUUUUUUCUGUGAAAAUAAUGGCCCGUCCACGCCAAUGUAUUGUAACUGCUUUUCAAUGCAUGUUUGUAGUAACCCAAAAUCAAGGGGAAAAUAGUUUACAUAUAAUGUAUAAAGAGGAACAACACUCUGCCUAACGCCCACAAAAAAAUCCCUUACCCUUGCCCCUGUCUUAAAAUAUAAAAAAAAUCCUUACCGUGCCAUGUAGUUUAUUGUUGCCUUGCUGAAGUAAAAGGCCCAGUUUGUCUUCUUCAGUGCCGCUACCUUUUACCUUGGAUCCAACACAUGUGCAGACACACUGUGGGGUUCUGCCAUGUCUGCACAUGAGCCUGAUCCCCUCACACAUGCGCACCUGUACCAUGGUUCUCUGUCACUUUUUCUGGCAGACCACCGAAGCAUGCGCACAUUUGUGGCAUCUCGCAAACGGCUCUUUGGAUGGUACAUCAGAAGUCAGAGAAAUCCUGCAGCAACUGUGCGUGGGCAAACUUAGAACAUUUGGCCUAGGCUGGAUCUAGGUUGUGAAAAAAUAAAAAAGGUUUUUACUGAAAUUUUUGUUUCCUUUUUUAUUGAAGGGUGCCCCAUUAUAGCCAAUAGUAAAAACUCUAUAAAAAUGCAAUACGAGUUUUUAAAGCUGAACUUGAAAAGCUACCCUUUUUCAAUGUAGCCACCCUCCCUCUUUCUCUGAACUGAGCGAGGUAAAUUCUGGUUUAGUUAACGGGCGCAGAGAUCAGCUGCCAUUACUUACCCUAUCCUUUGAUCCAGCAAGCCCCAGUACUGAUGUCAAAAGCUCUGGGCUAUUGGCUAUCAACCUUGCAGUGUUCAUGGAGGUGGCAUACACGUGACUGCGGCUGACAUUGCCUUAAAGGGUGGCGUUGUUAGACUGGUCAUAUGGCUGGAGUGAUAGUAUUACAUCUUAUUCCUGCACCCUUAGACUAAACAAGCUUUUAACCCUUGCAGUACGGGGGUGGGGGCCCACUGCAAGGUUCGAUUUUAGUAUAAUUCCUGGCGUUUUAGCUUUAAGUCAUUGAAUUAACAUGCUUACUGACAGGAACUGAAAAAAAGAAAAAGGGGAUCACCCAUGUAAAAUGCAC